AUGAAAACAGGACUGAAAAAUAAGAGGAAUCUGCCGCUGCUGAGAGGCAGAGUCCACCUACUAAACUUGGUGACCCUGCCGAUUUUGGCAGUGUCAGUCAUAAGGAACCACACAGAGUCGCAAAUAGUAGUGGCUUACUUUAUAUUCUUCGCCUGCUGCCUCUUUAACCUUAUUGCGAGCUCAGUGCUGCACUUUAAAAUAUGGGACGAGCUUAGAAUGGCACUGUUUACCAGGAUAGACUACGCAGGCAUAUUUCUGGUGAUAGGGAGUUCGGCAUUCCCCUCGAUUUUGUACUAUAUGAAAAACGACCUCUUUAUGGCAAUCGUAUCGCUAUUCCACUGGACAAUAAUAUUUGCAGGAGUUUUUGGGGCACUGAUAUUUGACUUCUCAAAGACUUCAAAAUCAUUUCGAUCAAUCAUAUACCCGUUCUUUGGCAUUCCGUACGCGUAUUUGGCAUACAAGUUACUGUUGGAUGGCAAAUACUACUCCAUUUUGAUGUCAAUACUAACGGCAGCAUUCUACAUAACGGGGUCGGUGUUUUACGCAACAGGAACGCCGAAUCUCAUACCAGGAAUAUUUGAAUCACACGAACUAUUUCACUUGUUCUGUUGGUUGGCUUUUAUGGCCUCCUUUUUCCUAAACUAUGACUUGACUAGACUAACUGUUAGUCAGUGA